AUGUGCACGUCGUACAAGACCGUCUCUUGUCAAACGCGGGUGCCUGGAAUUCGCGCCUGUGCUUUCAAGGAAGUGAACAAAUGUGUAGGAAGCUCACAUGUUUCUGCGACAUUUUUACCUUUAUGUCUAGGAAAUACCAUCUUCUCAUCACCGAACUGUAAGCGUCGACUUGAGACAAUCAUGCUCACUUCUCUCGACUCGUCUGGCGGAAGAACGACCCAAGGCGAAUGCGAUACCGACCUGGGCGCGGCAGUAAGCAUAAUCGCGAUUGAUCAUGAGCUGCAUUCUUGCGUCGUCCAAGGGUACAUUCAACUAUUACGCGAGACAGACUUCACUAUAGUCUCCCUUCUCCACUUGGUGCCGACAUCCUCGCUUGAAGUUGAAAGUCUCAAUAGCAGCAUCGAGCAAGAGAUUCAUGCACAGGACCAUGCACAGGAUCAACUUGAUAGGCUGGACAAGAAUUCUGCCUCAGCAAAGCCGACAAAGCUCAUCUUAAAAAGCUUCAAAGAAGAGUGGCUUGUCGCUCGAGAAGUCGAGGCGUACAGAAGGAUGCGUAGUAUCCAAGGGACUAUUGUACCGAUACUAUAUGGAUGUUGUCUAGUUAAUGAACUUCCAACAAUCGUACUGGAAUUUAUUGCCGGCGAGGACCUUGUCGCUUACGAAUGCGAUCGAGACCAAUUGCCUAUGCUUGCCAGAGCAGUCGAGCAUUGCUCAACAGCAAUCUCAAAGUUCGGGGUUAUCCAAAUGGACCCUCGGCAUGACGGCUUGAUUGUGACGGACUCAUCGAAGCUGGAGGUCAAAAUGAUAGACUUUUCUGAUGUCGAUUUCGACAAGCAUUAUACAUCGAGUAUGAAUCGAUGCAGCAGUCACUGGCUCAUGCAAGAAUACGCAAAGCACAGGCGCUGGACGAUGCCUGAAGACGUCACGAGUUGGCGAUGA